CCAAAAAAAAAAAAAAAAACGAAAACACGAAAAAUACAAGACUGACCAAAAGAUUGACUUGACUGAAUUAAGAAAAUAAUGAUAACUGAUGAUAAUAAUAUCUGUCAUGUAAAUUAAUUGAUUCUGAAAUUACGAAAAUAGAAUCAAAUAAAAAUGAAUCAAAACGAUCGAGAACAAGAAAUGUCAAAUGAAUCGAAUCGUCGAUUACUUUCGUUGGUCACUCGUUUAUGUUCCACAUUGGUUCCUAAUGAAUCAGAUAAUUUUGAUAAAAUUUGUCAAUAUUCAUUGGAUUUGAUUAGUAAGAAAAAAAUUACUAUCGAAGAUUGUGAAGAACAAUACAUUCUGUCUAAAAUUCGUCAUUCUUUUUUAAAAAAAUUAUCCGUAGAAGAAUGGAAUCGUUUUGAAGAUUUAUAUCUUCAUCUAAAAUCAUCAUUGCCAAAAUCAUUCAAUAUUCGACAAUUAUUAUAUUGUUUGUUUCUGUUGUCAAAUUCAUCUUCCAAUGAUAGUGCUACCAUAUUUUCCAUUUCAAAUUCAAUUGAAACAAUGAAAAUUGCUAAAAAUGAUCUAGAUUUAGAAUAUAGACAUUCACAUCAUUUUGGUAAUAAUGGUGAUGGUCGAAAUAAUCAAUCACUGAAUCGAAUGACAACGAACCCUCGUCAUACCGUUCAUGUUUAUACCGAUAAUAAUAAUGAGAAUGAUCAUCAUUACAAUGGCAAGAUAAGAUCAAAAUAUACUUUACUUGCCAAAGAUUUAAUAUCAAUAUUUCAAGGUCUUCAUGGUAAACAUAUAAAUUUACCAGAUGAUUCAAAAUAUUCCAUCACUUUCGGAAGAAAUGAUUUAUUCUAUAUGAAUGAAAUUUAUUUUGCCAAACGUUUAUCAGUAUUGGGACAGAAUUUCAAAACAAUCAAAACUUUCAGCCAAACAUCAAUGAAUACAACAUCUAAAGGUUUUGUUGUGCAAAGUUUUGGUUCAUCAUUGAAUGAUGAGAUUAAUAAUUUCUAUAAAUUAAUGACAUCGAUACAAGCCAAUUUCCAUAAAUCCGAACAAACGGCCGUCACACUGCAUAAGCUUUGUUUUUGGACCACAGAAUCAUUCAUCUGUUUUGAAGCAUUAAUCAAUUUAAUUGGCAAAUGUCGUUCAAAAAAAGGUGGUGCCUUGAUCAGUAUUGUUUAUGAUAUGAUGCAUCAUGGUGAUCCAUUAGUACGUGAAUGUUAUCGAAAAAUUUUAUCCAAAGUUGUCAAACCAAUACGUAAAAUGCUUAAUCAUUGGAUCUUUUAUGGUGAAUUGAAAGAUGAAUAUAAAGAAUUUUUUAUCAGCACAAAUGAUAAAGAUGGUAAAAAUGUGAUCACAACUUCAUUAUGUGAUGUAUUCUGGUUUGAUCAAUAUUCAAUCAAUAAUUCAAUGUUACCUGGAUUCAUUAACAAAGCACAAGCAUAUAAAAUCCUAAUUACUGGCAAAGCAAUUUCAAUGCUGCGUGAAGUUAGUAUGAAUCGUGUAUCGGCCGUAUUGCCAUUAUAUGAUCAAUUGAAAAAUUCAUUUGAAAAUUCAAAUCUAGAAAUUUUAUUUGAUCAAAAAUAUAGCUCAGAAGCCAAUGAUUUUGCCGGACUAUUGGAUUAUGUUUAUAAAGAAAUCAGCCAAACAGCGUUGAAUAUAUUGAAUGCUAAAUAUCAAUUAUAUGAACAUUUCAUUGCACAUAAACGUUUUCUGCUAUUUGAACAAGGUGAUUUCAUUAGCUAUCUGAUGGAAUUAUUGUUUCCGAUUAUAAAUCGACCGGCGAAUAAAAUACGCCCAUAUACAUUAUCACAAACAUUGGAAAAUGCCAUAAGAAAAACUAGUGCUCAAUGUUAUGAACAAUCAAAUGAUAUUCUAUCACGAAUUGAUAUUUAUUUUGAUCCACAAUUUCCAAUGGAAAAUGCCUGGGAUAUAUUGACACUAAAAUAUCGUAUCGAUGGACCAAUUGGAACCAUUUUCAAUCAACAAAGUCAAGUGAUCUAUACUAAAUUAUUUGCAUUGUUUUGGCGUACAAAAACCAUUGAAUUUUCAUUGAAUAAAUGUUGGAUUGAUUUGAAAAACAUUUCCACACAAUUACGAAUGGCAUCAUUUCUUCGUUUAUCAAGUAAUCAUUUCAAUUAUUUAUUAUAUCAAAUUCUAUCGUUCACAAAAACAAUUGAACAAUAUUUCAAUUAUCUACUUGAAAGUCGAUGGACACAAGUGAAAAAUGAACUUGAUCAGCCAAGAAAUCUGAAUAAAUUAAUCAAAAUUCAUCAUGUUUUCUUACAGAAUUUGAUGGCAAAAUUUUUCUUUGAAAAUCUUCUCAGACAACAUAAUGUUAUCAACAAAUUGAUAUUGUCAUUCAUCGAUAAACUUGAAUCAUUCAUCAAUGAUAUUGUAUAUAAUAAUCAAAAUGUUGAAAGAUUUUGGAACGAUCAAAUGGAUGAAUAUCGAAAAGAGAUUGAAGAAAAUUACAAUUUUUGGCUACAUAAUUUUGCUCGUAUGUUGCAUAAGGAAAUUUCAUUAUUUCUUGAAUUAUUGAUCGAUACAGAUGAAGAUGAUCAUCGUGAAUUAUGUUUCAGUAUCGAUUUCAAUAAAUACUAUAAAAUGCAACAUGUAAUCAAUUGAUUGCUGCAGUGAGCAGUUUUUUUUUCAUUUUGUUCAUUUUCUUUCACUUUUCCCCAUCAAU